UGCAGGCGAAGUUUUUCUUUUUAUCCCCUUUCCUCAUAUUGGGGAGAGCCACACAGCAAGAUAACGUCUAUCGAUCCUGGGCGCCAAUCCAUGGAUAAAGAGGAGAGUGCUCCCUGGGUGGAUUGGUUGCUAACUAACUAAAGUGCUAGUUUGUUUUGUUUUUGUUUUUGAUGUUGGAUUUUUAAACAAUCCAUAUAGUUUAGAUUAUUGACAACGACUUUUCGCGAGACCUGGGAAUGAGAAAAGGGGACUGUCGCUCCGAACUCGGGAGGCUUUAGCGACUUGCAAAGUAACAGGAAAAAGUACUUGGAAUAUUUAAAACAAAAUGAUUUCAGAGGAGCGAAGCACUCACAUAUCGAAGCAAGCCCUGACCUUUCCUGUGGGUUUACUGAUCAACUCCCCGAAAAGACGACUUGCAAAGAUAGGAAGAAAGCCAAGCAACGGUUCUUUGCAGUCCAGCUCCUCCAGUGCCACCACCAAAUCAGCAGAAAGUGUGGGUGUCAGGCAACCUGCCAAGAACAAGAUCCGACGACACAACAACCGGCUUUCCACCGUCUUCAACCGGAGCCCCCAGUUGCGUGACAGCGGGCAGGGCCAUGGCCACAUGGCCAGCUCAGGGGACGUGUCAGCGGCAGAUGAUCCCUCUGAGCUGUCCAAUCAGAUAUCUGCCCCAGGGAUCCUGAAGAUUUUUGGCAGUGACAUAUGCAAAGGUGCCAACUACAAGAGCGUCCUGGCCACUACACGCUCCAGUGCUAAGGAGCUUGUCAAAGAGGCCCUAGAGAGAUAUUCUCUUGACAAGGCUGAAGCUGGUGCCUAUGUUUUGUGUGACGUGAUUGGCCGCAUUGGGGAGGACUGCCAGUGGACGAUGGAGUGUUUUCGGGUUGUGGGUGACAACGAGAAGCCACUCAUUUUGCAAUCCUUGUGGAAACCCAAGGAAGGCUUUGCCCGGCGAUUCGAGAUUCAGAAGCGAGCUAGUGUGGAGGAGAAGAGUGCAGAGGAGAAAGACACAGUCACUGCAGGCAUUAACGCCCAGGCGCGGAAGUUGCAGAAGAUCCGCUCGCGGGUCACCUCGGUCUUCAUCGAGGGCAGCGGCUGCGGUGGGGAGGCGGACGGCGGUCUGGGGCUGUGGAAGAGCCUGAGCGAAAUGGACUUGUCUGUGAGGGCCAAGGAGGGCCGGCAGAGCCACAAGGCCCUGCUGCAGGAGGACCUGGAGUCCGAGCCCGACAAAGAGGCUCACUGUGUGGCCCAUGAAAAAGAGGAGACGGAGAGCAGCGACGACAACGCCACACAGUACUCCAUUCACCCGCCCUUCGACUUCCCCUACUUCCUGCUGCUGCAGGGCUACAGUUACAGACAGGAUUUUGUCAUCUACCUGAUGAGUGGGAUGACCACGAUCUUCGGACGCUGCAGCGAGCACUCCACGGGGGAGGAUGUGGAGAGGCUGAAGGUGGACAUUCUGCUUUCGGCUCCAGACAUCCUGCCCCAGCACUGCUGUGUGCGUCGUAUGGAGGCCCCCAGCCAGGGGGACGGGAGGAGGACAGUCACCCUGAUGAAACCUCUCCAUGGUGCCUCAGUCACGUGUAACGGCAUCCCUCUAAAGGACGAGUCUGAGCUCCGCCCGGGCGAUCUCAUUGGUCUGGGCGAGCACUACCUGUUCAUGUUCAAAGACCCCACCGUGACCGUCGCCUGCCAGACACCGUCCUGGCUGAGCUGGUCAUCUUCCUACCCAAUGGCGUCUGUCUGUAAAAUGUGUGGUUCCUCCCUCGCGGAGACCCAGGCGAGGCCCCGUGUGCAACGGGUCCCUGCGCCCUGUCUGAAGGACUCUGACGGCCAGGAUCUCCUCUUGGUCUAUGAGCUGGAACAUGAGGAUCACAUCCUGAAGGAAAUUAUUGCAAUGGCCGAUCCUCAUGGGGAGGACCCCAAAUUGACCCCUGCCCUCCUCAUGUGUCUGUGCAUGCAGCACUCUGCCACGUGUUUCCGAAUGGCUGACUUCCGUCGGCUUCUGCUCCGGAUUGCCAGCCAAGUGCAGAUGACCAUGUGGGAAAAGACCAAGGAGCUUGCGGCAAUUCAGCCAGAAACGAGCUCUGAUGCAGGGCAACAGGACCCAGAGCAGCUGCAGCUGCUGACCAUAGAAGAGCUGACCCCAGGUCUGCAGCCGCUGCUGCAGUGGAUGGCCAACGCCAUCGAGCUGCUUCACUUCAUCCAGCAGGAGGUGCCCCAGCUGCUGCGCUGGAUCCCUGAGGAGGAUGAUGAGAACAUGUGCCUGGAUUCUGACCUGACUUCCACGCAGUCAGCCAGCGAGGAGGCAAUGACAGUCCUGGAGGAGGUGAUCAUGUUCACCUUCCAGCAGUCUGUCUACUACCUCACCAAAACCCUAUACACAGUGCUGCCUGGCCUGUUGGACUGUAACCCCUUUUCUGAGAGCGGGCAGCUGCUGGUGCCCGAGGGUGUCAGUGCUAUCCUGGACAUUCUGAAGCAGACAUUGCAGCUACUCAACUCCUUCCAAGUGCACGCGGAGAUUGCCUCCCAGCUCUUUGCCUAUCUCUUCUUCUUCACCAAUGCAUCACUCUUCAACGCUCUCAUGGAGAGAGGCUCUGGAGGUGGAUUUUAUCAGUGGUCCCGAGGGGUUCAGAUCCGGGCCAAUCUGGACCUUCUGAUGGACUGGAUUCAGGGCACAGGGUUGGGUGAUCUGGCCUCAGACUUCUUCCACAAGCUCUCCUCGGCAGUCAAUCUGCUGGCCACUCCCAAAGAAAACCUGCUGCAGGCCUCGUGGCGCUCUCUUCGGGCUGAGUUUGUGCACCUGAACCCGGCCCAGUUGCACCACAUGCUGCGGGAGUAUAAUCCAGGACGGGCCUGUCCCGCCAGCUGGAGUCCCACGCCAGAGGAGGCUGACGCCGCCUUGAACACUGCUGAUAUCCUGGAAAGUUUCGACAACCAUCCGCCCCUCAUCCUGCCCAGCAGCAACUUUCACCUGGAGCUGGGAAAGCCUGUCAAGGAUAGGAGUCUGUGUGGCCAGCUGGCCCGGCUCCAGGAAUUUCUCCUGAGUCUCAGAGAUCUACCUGCCAGCCCCAAGCUACAGAGUCGCCACCCAGAGCCAGAGAAGGAAGCCCAGUCAGAGUCCCUUCCUCCCAUUGUUGGGAGCCAGGAUUCCAUGGUCCCAGUGGAGGCUGAGGUCGCCAAAGUGACAGCUCUUCUUGCAGAGGAAGAGGAGUCAGAGCGGAGAAAGACAGUCUCAGCCACACCCCCUCUCGUCAGGGCAUUUCGCACAACUGGCACCGGUGACCUCAGCAGCUGUGAGGCGGUUCUGACGCAGAAGCUGAAGAACCUGGAGCUCCAGAGCACCCUGCCGGGAGAGCCGGACCUGAGCUGUCACAAGCGGCUCGCCCUGGACCCUUCCUGCCUCUUGACCCCACCCAACACGCCCCAGGGCCAGGAGCUGGCCGACCCAGAAGGUGACCCACAGGAGGGCACUGCGCGGCACACCCCACCCAUCAGCCAGUGUGCUGUGGCCCAUCGGGAGAAAGGUGAGAGUCGAUUGCGAGACACCCUCAAUGAUAGGAGUGGAGAACAAGAGGAAGAAGAGGUGUUCACUGUAGAGCUGCAGAGGGGACCUCAUGGACUUGGCCUGGCUCUGGUGGAUGGAAUGAAAACGGCAUUGAAAAUGAGUGGGAUUUACAUCAAAUCAGUGGUGCCAGAGUCGCCUGCCGCCUUGUGCCAGAAGCUGAGUCUGGGGGACCGCAUCCUGGCGGUGAAUGGCUUUAGCCUGGUGGGAAUGGACUACCACACUGGAAGGGAACUGAUUCGGACAUCAGGAGACAGGCUGCGGUUACUGGUGGCCAAAUCCGAAUCGGCUGUCCAGAGCUCGUUUGCGAAAUGCUGAGUGGACAAAAGAGAGACUAAGCUGCAGUUGCCUCCUCAGGAACAGGAAGUACACUUACAAGCUCAGGAGGGGCACUGUGUGGCAGCGCACGGGUUUGCCGUGUUUGAGGUUCUGUGAUUGGUUAUCAGAGAUAUAUGCAGAGACGGAUGCUACCUACUGAAGCACAUCUGUGGGAUGUGUCCUAAAACCAGAGGUACCUGUCUUCAGGAAGAAAAGACAAAAAGGUCACUUUGGUAUUUUGAUGUUGCCAAUUUCUGUUUUCUUCGGAGCCUACUAUUUCUGAAGCACAUUUGGUGAAAAUCAUUAAAUCCAUUUUGCUUCCUUUAUUCCCUGAUUGAAAACAUCAGCAUUUUACAGUCUUUAAGAUACAUGUUGAUCUGUUGCCCCUUGCUGCCUGUAACUAGGGUUGCAAGGUGUGUCUACUGGAUUUGUUUGUAUUACACAAUGAUCAGUAUUAUGUGGCAAAGGUAAUGGAAGCAGUUUGGCUUAUCUGAAAUGGAUGGUGUCAAAAACUCUCUGGAAGACUGCAGCGGGGAGAAAACAACGCAAACACAGUUAAUUUUCGCUCAAGCAUCAAGAUGGAGUCCACAUGAGAAAGUUCCUGCACCUUCCAUUUCACGUUGCUAUUUUUGCCACGUGUCAGAUUUUGCCAGGAGCACAGGCAGCUGCACUAGAAGGAAGGGCUGUGGUUUAGGCCGUGAGAGAAUUAAGAGGCCCGACAGCUGCUUGCAUUAGUGUGCCAUUUCAUGGUCUUCCAGGGCACUAAGCAUCUGCCACAAAUGUAUUGAAAAUACUGUAUGUCUGUCUGGACUGCACUGCCAAGCUUUUAAAACCAUGUUUUACCCAGCCACAAUAUGCAAGCAUAAGCAAACAUGCAUGAUCUUUACUGUGUAAACAAUAGUGAAUCUCUUGUCUGUCCUUAUUUAAUUGGGAGAGUGCAUUAAGAAUCAUAAAGUGUGUUGAGACUAUAAGGUCCUUCUAUUUUUGGAAAUACCAGAACACUAUCAAAUUGCUUUUUGAGGGGUGAGUUCACCAGAGACCAUUAAAAUAACUCUCAAAUUGACAUUUUGGUAUGGGGAAAUGUACAUUGUAUCAAAGCAGUUUACUAAACCCAUGCUGUAUAUGUACUCAAGAAAAACCUUAUGCUACUCUUAAUUACCAUCUGACUGAUUCAGUCCUAAGUCCAGGUUUUUGUGUGGAAAAACAUGGCCCUUUUUGCUGUUGCCAGUAAGACAGUGUUAUUUAAUCAGUUUUAAUGAUAAAAAAUCACCUUGAUUUUGUCACAGUUAUAUUCAGUUAUAUCGGUAUGUAUGUUACAUAAGUAUUUCCUUU